UUUCUUAUCAAUUAUCAUCGUUGAGUUGCAUUAAUUGCAUUUGCCAUAAAUGCCAUUUGCUUGCCAUUGCAUAUUUUUUGAUUCUUUGCAUUUAGAUUGCAUGAUUUCUCUGAUAGUGAAUUACAUCUACUUCUGAUUUACACUUCUAUCAUUAUAAAAAUACUACUUCGUGAUCACACACAGAAUUGUACCGUGCCCCCCUCGUGUUUGCCACAACAUUAUCAGUGAUUUUUGAGUGACCGUCACACAGAAAAUUUAACUUUUUCAAAAUAAAAGCUCAACGUUGGGUCGGUUUUCUUUUUAGAUGUAGGAAGUUCUUUGACAGCAUCAUCAUGACUUCGCCAUCAAGUACUGAAGUGAGCAGUGUCAAACCAAAAGUAGAAUCUCCUGGAUCAUCAUCCGAUGAAGAGGAUGAAAUUUACAAACGUUUCGCGAGUUUGAACGUUGGAGUCAAACCAGAAGAAAACUCUGAAUCGGUACUGGAUGAAGUCUCUAUCGAUGGUAUCAUUAAGUUUAUCAAGGACAAAAAAUGCAAAAAUAUUAUCACUCUAGCUGGUGCUGGCAUAUCAACAUCUGCUGGAAUACCUGACUUCCGCUCAAAAGGCUCUGGCCUUUAUCACAAUUUGCAGAAGUACAACCUCCCUUACCCAGAUGCUAUAUUUGAUAUCAAUUACUUCCAGUCAAACCCUCAGCCAUUUUUCUCCCUCGCCAAGGAACUGUUCCCUGGGAUGUUUAAACCAACACCUUCACAUUACCUCAUUCGAUUACUGCAUGAAAAGAAUCUGCUGUUGCGACAUUAUACUCAGAAUAUAGACACAUUAGAAAGAGUAGCUGGUAUACCUGAGGAAAAAAUUGUUGAAGCUCAUGGCACAUUUUACACCUCCCAUUGCAUAGACUGCAGAAAAGAAUACUCAUUGUCAUGGAUGAAAGAGUUUGUAAUGACAGAAGUAAUACCAAAAUGUGAGGACUGUGAAGGAGUUGUAAAACCAGAUAUUGUAUUCUUCGGAGAGAAUUUGCCUCCCAAAUUUUUCCACAGUAUCAUGGAGGACUUUCCCCUUUGUGACUUGUUAAUAAUACUAGGAUCUUCCUUGGUUGUACAGCCAUUUUGUACGCUAGUAGACAAAGUGCCAAAAGACUGUCCACGGUUGUUAAUCAACAGAGAAAAAGUUGGAGCCAGGAAUCCAGCAUUAGCAUUUUUAGGAUUAUUAUCAGGUGGUUUGAAAUUCAAUGAGCCACAAAACACUACUGAUGUCGCCUGGUUGGGUGACUGUGAUGAUAUUUGCCUUGAAUUUGCAGAUAAAUUAGGAUGGAAGAGUGAACUAGAAAAAAUGGUCAAAGAAGAACAUGCCAGACUACAAAAAGAACAGUCACAGCAAAAAGAUGAAAUAGAUGAAAAGAAGGAAGAGAGUGCCUCUUGCUUGAAAAAAGUUUCAUCAUCCUCCAGCAAAGAAGCAGAUAAAAACUCAUGAGAGCUGCGUCAGGAAGGUAUGGUAAUGAUCAUCAAUGAAGUAUGCAACUUCGCUUUAAAUAAUCACAAAGCAGCUUCUGUUUUAAAAUUUCAGGUCAAUUGUGCCAAUAGAAUACCUAAAUAGCAAACUAUCAUUUCCAGUGCACCUAUUUUAUGAUAUCUGUUAAACCGUACAUUAUAGGAUUCAUUUUAUGGAACCUUGUAAUACAGAGAAACUUCCCUUAAUUUGCAAGGCAGAACUUUCAGGGAAACAAAAAGAAACAUUUGGCCUUAAAGUCAUUUCUUUUCAUUUCCUUGUACAGGUGAUGAUGCGGUAUCAGGGAAUAUGUAUGCUAUAUCUCUAACAUUGCAAUUAAAACCGAUGCAAAAGCUAGAAAGCAACUCUUGAAGAUCAUUUGAGUUCAAAUUGAUUUCUUUUUCAAUUAUAAUUUCUUCUCGGACCAUUAAAAUGAAAUUUUUAGACCAA